AUGCAUCGUAAAUCCAUCACGCCGGCGUCGUCGCGCGUCCGCCCUUCACUCGAGACCGCGCAGCAGGCCCAAAUCACCGACCUCGUCCAGCGCAAUCGCACGCUCGAGCAUACCGUCAAGAAGCUCACCGAGCAGGUCCAUUCCGAACAGCGCCGCGCAGACGAACGUGUAGAUGCUGAGCGGGAAGCGAAGCGCGCCGCCAUCGACGAUGUCAAAAACAAGUGGCGCGUCGAGUACGAUCGCUGGAAGGGCGCGAGCGCCGACCUGCACGUCUGCCACACCAUCGUGCAGGCCAUGACGUACGACGAGAUGCUCGAAGCAGAGGCGGACAUACUCAAGGCGCGGCAGGCUACCGAGCGGGAGAUAGCGCGCCGUGUCGAGAUCGAGUGCGAGAAGCUCAGGCUCGAAAGGCGGUCGGUGGAACUGGAGGUCGACCUCGAGAUUGCGCAGGCGGAGUGGGAGGUGACAGUGGCGGCACAGCAGGCAGAGAUCGACAAACUACGAGCACGCCUGGCCGAUGGGAGGGCGGACGCCACCAGCGUCGAGCGGGAACGUGAUGAACUCGAGGAAAAGCUCGCUGAGCUUCGCGAGCAGCACGCCAAUGCCCUCGCAUCCCACGAAGGCUGCUCCAGCACCAUCGAGCGCUCCGCCCUGCAGAUCGAGAGCCUCAAGACCAAAGUGGCCGACGUCGAACGCACCGCCGAGGAGCUGCGCCGCACCAACACCGAUCUCCAGCGCCAAGUCGACAAGUGGCAGAGUUUCGAGACGCGUGGGUCUGAGGAGUCUGCCACCCUGCGUCGCGAGAAAGUUCAGCUCGAGAUACGCGUGCGCGAGCUUGAGGACCGGCUGGAGAAGAAAGAGGAAACGAUAAACAAGCUAAAGCAAAAGAUACGGGAUAACAAGGAGGUGGUCGAGCAGUGGCAGUCAUAUGUCGCCGAGCGAGAUGCAGACUUCAAGCGUCUGGAAGCCGAGUCUGUGGACCUGAAAAAGGUCAUAGCGAAGCUGCAGAAGAAGCUGGAGGCUGCGCAAGAGCAGGCGGAGCAGAUGCUGGCUGAGCGGCAGACCACCGAGCCUGAGCCGAGCGACGAGCCUGCAAAACCCAAGAAGACCAGCAAAGCGCGCACAAAGAAGAAAGAAGCUAUCCAACCUAUACCAGAGGAGGAUGAAGAGGAAGAAGAAGACGAUUCUGCAGGAGCUGGUCCAUCGCGGUCGCCGCCUGCAGAGGAGAUCGCCGAAGAAGAGCCCAAGCCACGGCGCAAGCGCCAGGCAAAGGCGCGCAAGGAGCCAGUCGAAGAGGAAUUCACAUUCGUCGAGGCCCCUACCGAAGCCAAUGUGGACGAGGACGAAGCGGCAGUCGCCGAGGCAGUCGCGGACCCGACGCCCGAGGUCGAUGGCGACGCCGACCCUCCUCGAAAAACCAAGCGCAAGCGCCCCACGCCUGAGGAGGCAGUCGAGUCAGAAGAAUCGCAACCCAAGAAAGCGUCGAAGCGCCGCGCUACGAGCACUGCGACCGAUAGCACCACGACGGACGACACAUCGCGCAAGCAAACCGCCGCCGUCAAGCAGGAAAGUCGCGCGAGGCGAAUCCGUCACGGCUCAGCCCGCACCGUCAAGAAAAGCGUCGGCGGCGCCGGAGGAGGGCAGAGACGCGCCCGCGAAGAAGAUGAAGAAGAUCAACAUCUUCCCGACGCAGCCGGCACCUAUGUUCGAUUUUUCGGCCAAGCCUCAGGUGCCGACAAACGGGCUCGACAUCCCGAGCGUGUUGUCGCCAAUCAAGGCGGACGACCGCGUGCCGGCGCGCUCAACAUCGGGCAUCGUGUCCUCCCUCGGACUUGGUAG